AUGCCACACAGAAGUCAUCAAGAGACUGCUCCAGAUGCCACACAGAGUUCGUCAAGAGUCAGCGGAGUAGUCUCAACAGAAGAAAUGGUGCAAGACUCAACAGAAGAUGCCACACAGGAUUCGUCAAGGGUCUCCGGAGCAGUCUCAACAGGAGAAACGGUACAAGUCUCAACAGAAGAAAUGGUGCAAGACUCAACAGACGGAAGUGAGACUGCUCUAGAUGCCAUACAGAGCUCAGUAAGAGUCAGCGUAGCAAUCUCAUCAGGAGAAAUGGUGCAAGACUCAACACAAGAUGCCACACAGAAUUCAUCAAGAGUCAGCAGAGCAGUCUCAACAGGAGAAAUGCCCUCUUCGGAUGACAGAACAAAUGCACUUUAUAAAGAAGCGUCCAUCCUGUACGACUCGCUAACGAGACGAGAGCAAGAUGAGCCAGAACUUUUCGUUUCGCAAUUCUCCAAAUACCCUCCUCCAAACACUUAG